GUCAUGGAUGAAAUACCAGGACGCAUGUCCGUUUAUGUUAAGUAUAUGUGACAGGAUUUUGAACCCCAGAACAUCUUGUCAUGCAAACCAGUCGCCUUCGCCAAUCUAUGUUCGGAGUUUUAUCAGUUAAGAGAUCACUAAUAUAAAAACAAUGUAUAAUGCAAGCAAAAGACUGCAAGCCAUUCGACGACAACUUUUGCAUAUGGAUGAACAGUACAGGAAUGGUAUAGACAACGAUGAAGACAACUCGACGAUAGAGACCGACAAUUGUCAAAACAAACCGGAGGACUUGGUAGAAAAGAAUUCCUCUCAAGGUUUCUCAAUCAUCAAUUUUUCGGCGCCAUCGUCUGUUGAUACCCACGAUCAACAAAACUGUAGCAGUAUGGAUAUCGGGAAUGUUUUGGGUUCGAUCGUAGACUGUAGCUCGAGCAGAGAGGUUGACGAUAUCCCACUUUCUGAAGAGCUACGGAGCGCCAUUUCCAACAUGGAAGAUCUAGAUGAUGUUGACUGUCUGAUAGGAGAUGUAAUAAACGCAGUUCAGGUUGACGCCUCCUUUGACGAAGAUUUAGAAACAGUGGAACAAUCCGUCACAUCCCCCGACAAUCAUUUUGGAGGUCUAGCGAAUUAUCCAAAAACAUCGGCGAUAGCCAGUGUGAGUGGCCAUAGUUCGCUAGAGGGCAGUGUCAAUCAAUCCGUGACGUCAGACCAAGAGGAAAGCUGGAGGAAAGACCGGAGAAAAAAAGAUAACCACAAUAUAAUUGAGCGGCGGAGACGUUAUAACAUCAAUGACAGGAUUAAAGAAUUAGGCACCCUCCUUCCUUCCAGUAUUCCACCUGACCUCAAACAGAACAAAGGUUCCAUCUUAAAGGCUUCCGUGGAAUACGUGAAGGAGCUGAAGAGAGACAAGUAUAAGCUGCACAAACUGGAGGAGAACCAGGCAGUCAUGGACUCCAAGUAUCAAAAACUUCUCUUCAGAAUCUUUCAACUGGAACUAAAGAUUAAACUGUACGGUUUAACAGAGGAUAUGGGUGAUGUCAGAACCAAGAAAAAGAAGCCCAAACAACGCUUGUCAGAAAUAAAUGCCAUGGUGGAGGGAUUUUGCAAGCAGAAUACGAUGUCCUUCUUUCAACAAGCCGGAGAGAAAAGCUCACCAAGCUGCAAAAAGAAUAAAGUAUCUGUAUUUGAAAAAUGUCGCGAACAGAAAAGCAACCCAAACGUCAAACAAGGCUUACGACAACACCUUAGUAAAAAAAUGGCGGCAGGAAGGCCAGCAGACGACCAACAAUUUGGAACAUCCGAGUUUUUUCAUAAAGAAAAUCAAUUCGAGGCUCAAGAGAAAAAAUCACUUACGAUGAAAGGCAAGAUGAAUGACCAAGCCACAAAAGAUUUCCCAAAAAGCUACCCAAAGGAAAAUAAGUCGAUUGAAACAGAUGAGAAUAGUAAUGUUGGUGCGCAGAAUAUGGAAGAUGUCAUAGAGCUGACAACGGAGCAAUGCAACAUUUUGCUGGAUUUGUUUGAGAACCAAGGUAGUGUUAACGAGAUCUUGAUCAACAGCGAGGGUAUGAUACAACAGGGAAGCUCCGCUCCUGUGAGGGAGUGUUCAGCAGAACAAGACUGCUUGUCUCCAGUAACAAGCACCAGCAACAUGCUCGAGAAGUUGCUGCGCAGGUCAGGAAGUAGUUCUGACUCAUCUGGUUUGGAAGACUCGACAGAAAGUACAACGGGCCUACGAUAAAAUGGUGGAUAAAAAAGUGGAAAUGAGCUUUUAACAAUCGGUCAGCACUUUUUUCCUAGAAAUAAUAUCAUAAUUAACAAUAUCCCCGAGAAUUAUGCUCAUAGAUGAUAAUUGCGAUUUUGUUGAAUCUGUAUUUGAUUUGCAAAUGUCUUCUCCUUGUAUUUUUUUUUCUUUUUAAAAAAAUAAGUAGUUCUUGAUGUAUUUCAGUAGAUUAGUAUUGCUUCAUUGUUUGUGGCUGGUAACUUUAUAUUUCAAAUAUUGUUGAAAUUACAAGUUAUAAAUAAAAGCAAUUUUCUGCAUAUUUUUG